CUCUGACAAAGAUUGGAUGUGUUUGAGAUCCUCGGUGGUCAGAUGUCGGAAGCUAGUUUAGUUUGCGUGUUAUAUAUAGUUUGCCAAAGAGCAUGGAUGAAUAUGUUCAAAAACAUUGGUAUAUGUGGCAUCAAGAAAAAAUGCCUUCAAUCAGUGCAAUUUAGCCCAACUGACUGCGGCAUAUGCAAGCACCAGGUGGAAAGACUGGUGAACAUCGGGGGAAGACCAACUCUGGUCUGAAUGGGGCUGUUUGAAGGGCGAAGCCGCGUCAAGCGAGCGACGACGGCACCUCAUAGCAACCUCUCGCUGGAGGUCUUCAUCUCCAACAACAAGCUGGGCAAGCGGGUCUCCAAGUCGUGCAUGGAGCCGCCGGAGCCGGAUGGCGAACUUGCCGACCGUCGGCUGCGGCUGUCGGCGCUCCCACCGCCGGCGGCACGCACGCUCCGGCAGCGGCCGCCGCCGCCGCCCGGCGACGAGCCCGACUCGCCGGCGCCCCUGCACAACGGCUGCAACGGCCACGGCCCGGAGCCGGCGCGCAAGCGGCUGACCGAGGCGCAGAAGCUCAUGCUAAGCUCCGAGUGUCACAAGACGGAGAUUUUCGCCACCAAGCUGCGCCACAUCCCGGGCCGACUGGGCGGCGGCGACGGGCCGCCGGCUCCGCUGCUGGCGCCGCACCGCAACGGCGAGCGGCCGCGGCGGCGGCGCCGCUCCGAGGCGGCCUCCUGGGAGGAGCCGGCGCCGGCCGCGCCCGCCAGGAAACGGGUAGCGCUCGACAGCCUCCUGCUGCGUGAUAACCACGAGUACUACAAGGUAGAGAUCCUGAGCUCGAAGCUGCGCUCGAGCCGGCGCCUGUCGGGCGACAGCGACGUUGGGCCGCCGCGGCCCGAGGCCGACGAGUCCAUCUUCUGUGCGGCCGACGAGGUCGGACCCGAGGACAGCUGCGACAGCUUCCGCGUGGUGCGGCGCGGCGCGUCGCUGGCGUACACGUUCGAGUCGUCGCCUGGCGCCGAGCAGUGGUACCAGACGUAUGCGCGCGAGACGGAUGGCCAGCCGGUGGUAGAGGCGCUGGCGGCAGCCGUUGCCGCCAGCGGGCCCGUGCUGCCGUAUCAGAUGAGCUCGCCGGCCCGGCUGCUGGCACAGAGCCGGGUGCUUCCCGGCGGACCGGCGCCGCCGCUGUCGUGUUUUCCAAGCUCGGUGUGA